AUGCGGAAUAAAAAUGAUGGCAAGAUGGGGACUUCCUCUGUCAGUCCCCAUACAAAUCCUACGCAAAUAUCCGAUAAACCAGCCAUGCCGGCCGCCAGCGCAAAGCGGACACUUCCUGCUGAGAAGCCAGAGGCCAUCCGCACCAGGACAUUGGUGAUAGCCUCAUUCUGGGCAAUUAUACUAUUUUUGGGGCUUCCGAUGUGGUGGAAAACUACAUCUAUCUACAGGGCACGAUUACCAUUGGAAGAAAUGAAGGAUUGGGCAGAUGGCAAGGUAUGCCGCCCUGUUUUCCCUUUGCAGAUUCUCGUUUAUGCCCCGUCGAUGAGCACGCCUGAUGCCGAACAACUUAUUCGCACCACCCAACAUGCUCUGGAUGAUUUGAAUGAUUUCUCCGCCCAUCACCUCCGGCUCCGUCUAGCAGAGACCUCACAGAGCUCAGGAGAGGGGGCAGAAACCGCGCCAAUAGUGGAUGCGGAUGCUGAAGAGAAAGAAAAUGCGGCCCUGAAUGUCAAGUUACUGCCGAGGGAGGAUUUGGCAGCACUCGGCGCAGAACUGCAUCCAUAUUCCGAGAGGCUAGACAUCUUUUAUCCGGUUAGCCAAGCGCCGUCUACUUCGGCACUCAAUUCGCUUCUCGCUACGUUUAUCGCCUCAGAAGUUCAGAAACUGUUCAAUGAGGAGAAGGCAACAAUCGCGUAUAUCUUAUCGUCGAGCAAUACGCUUAGCCCCUCGCUUCAAUCCUCAACAGGCGGACAGACGCCUCCAGUGAAUAACAGAGAGCAAGGAGUGGCUCUCAUUAAAUCAGUGGCUCCACAGCUGGCAGAGUCAAUUGCUCGUCGAACCACCCGUUCUUUUAAGUAUGCUGAAACGUAUCAUCUAAGCUUCUCGCUUUUCACCCCGGGACCCUACCCAUCUUCAUGGGACGUCGAACCAGCGCUUCAGGAAUACCUUGUUCCGCUGCUGAAAACGUUUGCACCCAUCAGCAACUUCUCCAUCGACACACAGGUGCAGGUAUAUGCCAACUUCGCCCCGACCGCAACACAGCCAGAAUACGACGAAUCACAAAACGCCUGGACCUUACACAAGAAAGAUCUCAGUUCCUUUAUCAAUGCCGCAGAAUGGCCUCUCAGCCCUAGUAUCGGCAAAGGCCCCACGAUAAACUUCAUCCUCUACGUCCCGUCAGCAAGCCAAUCUCCCCUCGUCAUCAAAGAGAACCGUGCCACCAGCUGGCUCAUCCCUCAGUGGGGCGGGAUCGUAAUCCUCAACCCUCCCCUCGAUACCUCAUUUGUCCCCAGAUCCAACCCACCCCAUCUCGCCAAAGACUCCCUUCGUUCUCCGCUCUCCACAUUCUCUCAUCAACUGCUCACACUCCUCGGCACGCCAUCCUCCCCCGCCUCCCUACCCCUGCGUCUCCAAACCCUAGUACGCAUACACACAGCCUCCCUCCUCCUCUCCGCAUCCUCAACCAUGGGUUCCCUAGCCCAUCUCACCCGCUCUCUCGCCUCCAUACCCAUCCCACUGAGCGUGGCCAACUCCGUCUCGACUACCCUUUCGCAUCUCUCUGCUACAUGCGAGCUCUUGCGUGAAGGCCGAUUCAGGCAGGCGUUGGCGACCGCACGUGUUGCGGAGAACGAGGCGGAGCGCAGCUUUUUUGAUAAGAGCAUGGUUGGCCUUGUGUAUUUUCCGGAUGAGCAUAAGGUUGCUGUGUAUCUGCCGCUGCUGGGGCCGAUAGGGGUGCCGCUGGUCAUGGGGUUGGUGAGGGAGGGGAGGAGGUUGGUUCUGGCAAUGAAGCAAAGGAGGGUUGCGUAG